UCAUAUUUGGGUUUACCCAGCACUUUCACAUCCACCAAGGAAGCCCCUACUGGCCCACCCAUAUCCCCCACCUCCAUUAUAUUCAGCUAUUCCUAUAUUCCCGCACGAGGAUAUUGCUCUCUCCCUCUCUCUCUCUCUCUCUCUCUCCGUGUGUGGGUUUGUGAAAGCUGAAAGCUUUAUGUUCUAAGAUUUGACUCUGGAGCUACCGGAAGAAAAGAGCAGCAACACCCAGAAGACCAAUCUCCAGUUUUUCCAGGUGUAAAGGUGGUUGGAGUUAUAUCAGUUUCUAGUGCUAAUUACAGCAAGUAAUAGGAGUAGAGGGUAAAAAGAUGAUGAUGUUGGAGGAGAUGGGUGGGCUUUGUUGUGACAUGGACUUCAUAUCUGCCGCCCCUCUUGGGGAAGGAGGAGAUCCGGCAACUGAUCAAGCAGAAGCCACAGUGGAGGAUGAUUAUAGUGAUGAGGAGAUAGAUGUAGAUGAGCUUGAGAAGAGGAUGUGGAGGGACAAAAUACGUCUGAAACGGCUGAAAGAACAGAGUAAAGGCAAGGAAGGAAUUGAUAUGGCAAAGCAGAGACAGUCCCAAGAGCAGGCAAGGAGGAAGAAGAUGUCGAGGGCACAAGAUGGAAUCUUGAAAUACAUGUUGAAGAUGAUGGAAGUUUGUAAAGCCCAAGGUUUUGUUUAUGGGAUUAUUCCAGAAAAGGGGAAACCGGUGACCGGGGCAUCUGACAAUCUUCGUGAGUGGUGGAAGGAUAAAGUCAGAUUUGAUCGUAAUGGUCCAGCUGCCAUAGCCAAGUACCAAGCUGACAAUGCUAUCCCGGGCAAGAAUGAUGGUUGCAAUUCAAUCGGUCCAACCCCUCACACAUUGCAGGAGCUUCAAGACACUACUCUUGGUUCCCUCUUGUCUGCACUUAUGCAGCAUUGCGACCCCCCUCAGAGGCGGUUUCCAUUAGAGAAAGGUGUUCCCCCACCAUGGUGGCCUAGUGGAAAUGAGGAAUGGUGGCCUCAACUUGGUUUGCCAAAGGAUCAUCAAGCCCCUCCUCCUUACAAGAAGCCUCAUGACUUGAAGAAGGCUUGGAAGGUUGGUGUUCUCACCGCAGUUAUUAAGCACAUGUCCCCUGAUAUUGCCAAGAUUCGCAAGCUUGUUAGGCAGUCUAAGUGCUUGCAGGAUAAGAUGACAGCCAAGGAAAGUGCCACCUGGCUUGCCAUCAUCAACCAGGAGGAGUCCUUGGCCCGGGAGCUUUACCCGGAUUCAUGUCCUCCCUUAUCUUCUGGUUGUGGAACUGGGUCUUUGGUCAUCAAUGAUUGCAGUGAAUAUGAUGUUGAUGGGGCUGACGCUGAUGAUGAGCCAAACUUUGAUGUUCAGGAGCAAAAACCUGAUAAUCUUAAUAAUUUGUCCAGAAUGAGGGAAAGGCGCCUGUCACUUCCACAACCACCCUAUCCUGUCAAGGGAGAAAUUCUCACCAAUUUAGAUUUCAUUCGGAAGAGGAAGCCGUCCACCGAUUUAAACAUGAUAAUGGAUCACAAAGUCUACACAUGUGAGUUUCUUCAGUGUCAUCACAGUGAAAUCCAUCUGGGUUUUUGCGACAGGGCUUCUAGGGACAAUCAUCAAUUGAUUUGUCCAUAUAGAACUACUACUACUUGUUCUUCAGAUUUUGGGGGAUCAAAUUUUCAUGUUAACGAGGUUAAACCACUCAUCUUCCCACAAUCUUUUGUUCAACCAAAGCCUGCAGCUACUGCUCCGUCUGUAAACUCUGCGGCCCCACCACCACCUUCCUUCGACUUAUCGGGGCUUGGUGUUCCUGAAGAUGGCCAGAAAAUGAUCAGUGACCUCAUGUCGAUCUACGAUACCAACAUCCAAGGCAACAAGAACCUUAAUCCCAACAACAAUGCAGUGACAGUGACAGAUAAUCUACAUGUUCAAGGGGUUGCAAUGCAAGGAAAUUUGUUUGAAGAAUCCCACAUUCAGAAUGAUCAUCAUCACAUGUUCCCGCGUGAGGAAAGUCAAUUUGACCGCUUCAAGGCUUCAAAUUCCCCGUUUGAGACCAACCAUAAUAACAACAAUCUGCAAAUGGUGUUCGGGUCUCCAUUUGAUUUUGGCUUUGACUAUAAAGAGGAUCAUCUUCAAGGACUGGCAAUGGAUACACUGUCCAAGCAGCCGGAUAUUUCAAUAUGGUACCAGUGAAAUAUGGUCUUUUUCUUGUAUGCCUCCAGAGGAAGCAGCAGCAGCAUCAGGUGAAACCUUCCUUGGCUGCUGGAACUGUUGUUGUUGUUGUAAUGUAGCAAUGUAGUUCUAGAAUUUUUAACAUUAGCUUGCCUCUAAUGGCCCAAUAAAGAAAUGGAUAGGGUUCCCAUAGACUACCCAACCCUGUUAAUGAUA